CCAAACAAUUAUGUGAACUUAAACUAUUACCUCUCUCUCUCUCUCUAGCUCUCUCAACUAGUCAGGCCAAAGAUGUCGACGGAAAGAAGGACAGCUUCAACUUCCUUGCCAUCGGAAAAUAGGUCACGGCCGGUGCCGGCUUUGCUGUACAGAAGGAGAUCAAGUGAUAAUAUAGACAACUUAGCAACUGUUUCCAGCAGUCUUUUGCCGGCUUUCGGGACCAUUGUGGAUGAUGCUAAUUCUCUCCACCUCAGGAAAUAUAUCAUCGCCCCAUACGACCGUAGAUACCGGUGGUGGCAAACAUUUCUGGUGGUGCUUGUGGUGUACUCGGCAUGGUCAUCUCCAUUCGAGCUAGCCUUCAAGAAAGUGGCAACUGGGUCACUAUUGCCGGUUGACUUAGCUGUGGAUGCCUUCUUUGCGAUCGACAUUGUUCUGACUUUCUUCGUUGCUUACUUGGACAAAUCAACCUAUCUCCUUGUAGAUAACCAUGAGAAAAUAGCAAUGCGGUAUGUAACAAACCUAUGGUUCCCAAUGGACGUAGUCUCAACUCUGCCAUUCCAUGCCAUAUACCUGCUCUUCACCGGAAAAAUGCACAAAGGUGAAGCGUUUGGCUUCCUCAACUUGCUCCGGCUAUGGCGACUCCGACGUGUUAGUGAACUCUUCACAAGGUUGGAGAAAGACACACGCUUCAGCUACUUCUGGACAAGAUAUUGCAAGCUAAUAUGUGUGACUCUAUUCGCAGUACACUCGGCUGGUUGUUUCUAUUACUGGAUGGCCAUCCAUCAUAAAACAUCCGAUGACACAUGGAUUGGAGCUCAAGUUCAUGAUUUUGAACAUGAAAACAUUUGGAUGGGAUACACCUAUUCCAUGUAUUGGUCAAUUGUCACCCUCACGACGGUUGGAUACGGGGACUUGCAUGCAGAGAAUACAGGAGAGAAGGUUUUCAAUAUCUUCUACAUGUUAUUCAACAUCGGUCUAACAGCAUAUCUGAUCGGAAAUAUGACGAAUCUCGUUGUCCACAGCGCAGUCAGAACCUUUGCUAUGAGGGACGCCAUCAAUGAGAUAUUACGAUAUGCGAGCAAGAAUCGGCUUCCAGAUGGUUUGAAAGAGCAAAUGCUGGCUCAUAUGCAACUCAAGUUUAAGACAGCAGAAUUACAACAGGAAGAAGUGCUUGAAGACUUACCCAAGGCGAUUAGAUCAAGUAUAGCUCAGCAUCUUUUCCAUGAAACUGUGGAAACUACCUAUCUCUUCAAAGGAGUUUCUGACGACCUCAUCACCCAGCUGGUGUCUGAGAUGAAAGCAGAGUUUUUUCCACCAAAAGUCGAUAUUAUUUUACAGAAUGAGAUACCAACAGAUUUCUACGUUCUGGUAUCCGGAGCAGUGGAUGUGCUGAUAUACAAAAAUGGAACGGAGCAGUUCUUGUCAAAAUUAGGGUCUGCGGAAAUGGCAGGAGAAAUAGGCGUGAUUCUCAAUAUCCCACAGCCUUUUACGGUGAGAACAAAGCGGCUUUCUCAGGUGAUCCGGAUAAGCCAUCAACAUUUCAAGCAAAUGGUACUGCAACAUAAUGCAGAUGGGAAGAAAAUUAUCUCCAACUUUAUACAGUAUUUGAAAGGCUUAAAGAAAGAGAUGCUUGAAGAAAUACCUUUCGUAACAGAGUUGAUAGAUGACUUCAACACAGAGAAUAUAGCACCAAUUGAGGGGGCAGAGUAUCAUGAAGCACCAAAUAAUAGUGGAGAGGAAAAUAUAGAAGGAACAUCACCAACUUCUGCGCCAUCAUCAGACAUACUUCCCGUGAGGGUCAUAAUACACGGGCAUCGCCCGGAUGAUAAAACAAAUGAUGGUGGUAAAAUGGGAAAACUUAUCCAUCUUCCUGACUCAGUGGAAGACCUUCUGAGUUUAGCAGAAAAGAAGUUUGGCAAAAGAGGAUGCACAAUUCUCGUGGCCGAUGGCUCUCAGGUGGAAGAAUUGAGAGCCCUAAGAGAGAAAGACCACUUAUUUAUCUUUUGAGAACUAAAAGAAAAAACUUGAGUGCAUAGCAACAACGAAGAAAACCAAUUUCUUUGAUCAGCAUUAAUCUAUGAUACGCAUGAGUAGUAGAGAAUGUAGUAAACAUUUAUGAGACAAGCUAUCCAGUGCCACAAUUAAGAACAUUUGAGUUACUAACAUUUGUGUGCAGAACUCCUAACAAUGUCAUCGAUGUAUUAUAUCUACUCACCAAAUGCUAGCAAAGGACAGUGGUUGAGGAUAUUACGGUUUCUAUUUGAUAUCCUUUUUGUUGAGCA